AUGGCGCUUAACGAGAGCUUAAUGACGCUUACUUCUUUUCCGGCUAUAGAUGAAGAUCACGACCGGUUUCACCAAACUCGUAAUUCUCUGUCAAGAUUGUCCAUUUGCACGAGCUCUGUUCACGACAACGACGAAGACAGAGUCACAAAGAAGAAUCAGACAGAGAGUGAUUUAGCGUCGGAGAGUUUCGACGGAGCGGAAGCUGACGGAGAAGUUUCCGACGACGGAGGAGGAGGAAAAGAGAACGUUCCAGAGUGGGAUUCGGACAAAGAAACACCACGUUUUUACUCACUUCCGUUGAAUCCAUCUCGCCGGAGAAAAAAGUUCCCAGUUUCCGGCGAGUCAGAUUCGAAUGAGAGUGGCAAAAAGUGUAAUUUACGGAGGCUAAGAAAGGAAAAGAAGAAAAAAGGAUUUAACGGCGUUGACGGAGGAAGUGACGGUGGUGGAGGAUUGGGAUUAACGGUGUUAACUAGGGCUAAAGGAGGAGAGAAAUCGUUGAGGAUGGGUUUAGAAGAAGUGAAAGCUUGUAGAGAUCUCGGGUUCGAAUUAGAAGUUCCGGGUCGGAUCUCUGCGUCAAAUUUCGAUACUCAGACCAGUAGUGGCGGCAACUCGCCGAUCGCCACGUGGCGUAUCUCCAGUCCCGGUGAUGAUCCAAAGGAGGUUAAGGCGAGAUUGAAAGUGUGGGCACAAGCUGUAGCUUUAGCUUCUUCGUCACGUCAAGCUUAG